UGAGAGUGGCGAGAGAGAGAGAGAGAGACUCACAUGCUCAUGUUGCUGUUUGGGAGGGGGGUGUGCCUUGCUAUUCAUAGUCGUGAGAAGCGGAGUGGGCUCUGCCACCGGCCACUGGGCUCUGUUCUCCAGUCUCCUCCUGCUGCUGCUGCCGACACGGUUUCUCUCUCGCAGUGAUUACACACUCAAGCUCAGGAUUCUAUCUGUCCGCUGCUUUUUCUCUCAUCGGGGCUUCGUUGGACGCACACAGGGUCAUUGGACAUUUGAAGUAAGAAUGCUGUUUCGUCACGUCUUCUGUCGAUAGUGCAGAGACGCCAUGCAGGCCCAGGACCUCCUGAGACAGCUGCGGAUGCCCGAGAUCAGUGACGUGCGGGAGUAUGUGCGCAGCUUGCCCGCCAACACGCUCAUGGGCAUGGGAGCCCUGGCAGCCGUCACCACCUACUGGUACGCCACACGGCCCAAAGCCCUCAAGCCGCCCUGUGACCUCGCCAUGCAGUCCAUCGAGGUGCCGGGAGACGAGCAUGUCAGACGCUCUGUUCUACUGGAUGAGGGCAAAGAAUUGAUGACUUGUUACUAUGAAGACGCACGCACGAUGUACGAAGUGUUCACACGAGGAGUGAGGGUAUCUAAUAAUGGGCCUUGCCUGGGUUCCAGAAAACCCAACCAGCCUUAUGAAUGGCUCUCCUAUAAGGAGGUACAAGAGAUGGCUGAGAAUAUAGGCUCUGCGCUCGUCCACAGAGGUCACUCACAGAGUGGGGACAGUAAUGUCGGCAUCUUUGCGCAAAAUCGGCCAGAGUGGACGAUUUCAGAGCUGGCGUGCUACACAUACUCCCUGGUAGCCGUUCCCCUCUACGACACACUGGGCACAGAGGCGAUUGACUACAUCAUUGAGAAGGCCUCCAUCUCCACGGUCAUCUGUGAUGUGGCUGACAAGGCACGUCUGAUCCUGGACUGCGUAUCGAGCCGCAAGCACACCGUCCGCACCAUCGCACUGAUGGAGGCCUUCGAUAGCGAGCUGGUGUCCCGUGGACAGACCUGUGGCAUUGAGAUCCUCAGCCUCAAGGACCUAGUGGUACUGGGCAAGGCCAACCAGAAGAAGCCUCUGCCCCCGAAACCCGAGGAUCUGGCCAUAAUCUGCUUCACCAGUGGAACUACAGGAAACCCGAAGGGCGGCAUGCUCACGCACGGAAACGUGGUGGCCAACUGUGCUGCUUUCAUUAGAGUCACAGAGGGUGUAUUGAGGCCCUCCAAUCAGGACGUUCUCAUCUCCUUCCUGCCUCUGGCUCACAUGUUUGAGAGGGUGGUGGAGGGAGUCAUCCUUAUCCACGGGGCACGGAUCGGCUACUUCCAGGGGGACAUUCGGCUGCUGAUGGACGACCUGAAGACCCUGCAGCCAACCGUAUUCCCUGUAGUGCCCCGUCUGCUCAACCGGAUGUUCGACAAAAUAUUUGGGCAGGCCAACACUCCACUGAAGAGGUGGCUGCUGGACUUUGCCUCCAGGAGGAAGGAGGCAGAGAUGAAGAGUGGAGUGGUCAGGAAGGACAGCAUGUGGGAUACGCUCAUUUUCAGCAAAGUCCAGGCCAGUCUGGGUGGUCGGGUGCGUCUCAUGAUCACUGGAGCCGCUCCGGUAUCUCCCACGGUCCUCACAUUCCUGCGCGCCGCCCUCGGGUGCCAGUUCUAUGAAGGUUAUGGCCAGACUGAAUGCACUGCAGGAUGCUCCAUGUCCAUACCUGGUGACUGGACAGCAGGUCAUGUGGGUGCACCUCUGCCUUGCAACCUGAUUAAGCUUGUGGAUAUCUCUGAGAUGAACUACCUAGCAGCCAAAGGAGAGGGAGAGGUGUGUGUUAAAGGACCAAACGUGUUCCAGGGUUACCUGAAUGACCCAGAGAAGACUGCUGAGGCAAUAGAUAAAGAUGGCUGGCUUCAUACAGGCGACAUUGGCAAAUGGCUACCGAAUGGCACUCUGAAAAUCAUCGACAGGAAGAAACACAUCUUUAAGCUGGCCCAAGGGGAGUACAUUGCCCCCGAGAAGAUCGAAAACAUCUACACCCGCAGCGACCCCGUGGCCCAGAUAUUUGUGCAUGGAGACAGUCUUCAGGCUUGUCUUGUGGGCGUUGUCGUGCCAGAUCCUGAUUUUCUGCCUGGGUGGGCAAAAAAGAGGGGUAUCGAGGGCUCAUACACCGAGAUGUGCAAGAACAAGGAUCUGAAGAACGCCAUACUGGAGGACAUUGUCCGGUUGGGCAAAGAAGGGGGCCUUAAGUCCUUUGAGCAGGUAAGGGACAUUGCACUACACCCAGAGAUGUUCUCUGUCCAAAACGGCCUGCUGACUCCGACGUUGAAGGCCAAGAGGACGGAGCUGAAGAACCACUUCAGAGAGCAGAUUGACCAACUCUAUGCCCGCAUCAAAAUGUGACCCCACUUUACCACACAAGGAGGAGGAAGAAGACAUGUUGGAAAAGAGAAGUGUGCAACCAAAACAGACAAAAAGGGCCACACUCAAACAGAAGCCAUAGCCUGACUCCUGUUGUGUAUGUCUAUCACAUGGACACCAGUGACCAAGCAUCAGAUGACCUGCACCAUCUCAAUGAAUAAUCUACUAGUAAUCACGAUAAUUUCAAUCUGAGUAACACAAAGAGCGUUUUUUGGGGGCUUUCAAGUAUCCUGGUCUGUAUGCUGAUGAUAAGCACCCAGCUUGCUGUUUUAACAGACAAUGGAUAACCUUAUGCCUUAGCCAUGUGGGACAAAGCUCCACACAUGUUCAAAGUCAGUGGCAAAGCCUCCAGCCUUAGAGUGACCAUCUCCCAUCAACCCCACGCCUCACCCUCAGUCCUCUCAGGAGAAGGGGUUUGUGACCCGGACUCAGCACCGCCAUGCUGAAGACUUCAGUAAGAAUGUGACAUGGGAGUGAAUUUGAAGAAAGACAUAUCCGUUUGUUACAAGAAUCAUGCAUUUCAGUUGAGAAGUUAUUGUGUAUAUAGCUAUCUAUUUAAAUGUUCUAUGUUGUUUUUGAGCUA